CCUGGCUACCCAUCCUGUGUUACAAAGAUACCUUCCAUUCACGGGGUGGAGGUUACAAAAAUCUCCCCUCCCCCGGUGUGUAAAGAUAAAUGUCAGGAACGCAAAAUUUCUUGUGUAAAGAAGUGGCAAUGUAUUAAAUGUUUUAACCUGGUAUCUUUUCAAGUUGACAGCAAUCCUCACUUUAUCAUUUCAAUAAAUGAUCACAAUGACACCAUUUGUUUCAACACUGAUGGGAAACCAGGGGCAAUUCUCAGUCUGGUCACAGAUCCAGUUACAGGUCUUACAAUAAACGGAAAGUUGAAUGAAGAGAAAAAAAUAGAAGCUAACAAGAAAACAAACUUAUACUUCAGAAAGUUUGGAAUCGUGAACAUGAAAGUGGAUGUAAAAAUUGAAGUGUCAACAAAGAUGAUUAAAGUCUUUCAAGGAGAAGACAUGAUUAAUCUCCCCUGGUCAGCAACAGCGUCUUUAAUAAAAGAGAGUUUCUCAAUCUCAAUUAUAGAAGAAAGGAAUCUCACACUAACAAUGGGAGAUGAUGCAACAUUUGUUAUUGUGCUGCAUCAGGCCCAGAAAAAUCACCCUCUGCGCAGAGACUUUCUGGGACUUCAUAUAGUUGACAGCCACAGGCUUUCAAAUAUGACCCAUGGAUUAUUUGGUCAGUUUUUCCAUGAAGUAAGUGCUGAGGUACAUAAUAUUCACCCUGGAUUAGAUGAAAGCAAAGCUGAUGCAAUGAUGAUCGUAAAAGGUCACAAACUCAGAGUAACAAGGGGGUACCAGAAAGAUUACAGUAUCCCAUGCUGGCACGUUCACUACGAUGACAAAGAAUUUAUCGACGGAAGCCCCACUGACUAUGUUCUUGCUUCUUUAUUUGACUCCCUAUAUUCAUAACCUGAGAGCGGAUGUUGAAAGUUUAUUGCUGGCAUGUCCUUAUUAUUCAGUGACUUACAUGUCAAAUAUAUAUUGAUUAAAGGUUGUAAAUCUGUGUAUCUUCAAAUAUAAAUUCCUCUGUUCAUUUACCAUUAAAACUGCUUCUUUAAGAUUACCAGAUUUAUUCUGAGUAUUUGUCCAGAGAUGAAGAGCUAAAGAUGGUGAGUUUGAGAAAAACUCUGUAACUAUGCAAUUCAAUAUAUUGGAUGUAACAAUAUUCACAAAAUAUAUCAAUAAUAAAUUCAUCACAUUCAUUUGAAA